CUGUCAGUCGGGAGCGUGGUGUCGAGCGAAGCGCUCCUCAUUUCGGUGCGCUGCUAAGCGCGUUAUCGUCCAUAUACCAUCCGGUCGUAUCAUCGGCAUCUGACUUGGACACUCACGCACACCUCGCGCACUACUCUGGGUGCCCUCCAAGGAAACCAGUGGCAUGGGUGAUGGUGCCAAGAUGACAUUGCUGCGGUUGCUGGCGGCGCUGGUGGUGGUGUGCGCGUGCGUCGGCGCGGAGCCGUACCAGCCGAGCACGCGGGCGCCGCGCGCGCGACACUGGCCGCGCGGCCCGCGCACGCUCGACGACCGCAUGCACUCGCAAUUUGUUGGGCCGCACGUGUGUCGAACGCGAAACAGCACGCAUUGCUGUCCCGGAUGGACGUCCAGACCCAACUCGCUACUAUGCGUAGUUCCGCUGUGCCGGCCGGACUGCGGCUCGCCAGGCGCUUGCAUAGCGCCGAACAUGUGCCGGUGUCCCGGCGGCGUGGAGGCGCCCAGCUGUAACCCUAACGGCGGAGGCUUCUAUCCGUAUAUGCCCCGGACCCGCGGCGGCUGCCGUCGUAUCUGCAUGAACGGUGGCACGUGUACGAACGGCACCUGCGCGUGCGCACCCGGCUGGAGUGGGGAAUUUUGUACUGAACCUAUAUGCCGCGAGCCAUGUUUACACGGCGGGCGGUGUAUAGCGCCCGAUCGGUGCGUCUGCUUCCACGGACUAUCGGGUACUAGGUGCGAGAUUGAUAGGAGAACGGGGCCAUGCUACACGGAAACAAGGAACGCGCUGUGCACGGGCGCGCUAGAGGGCGUGGUGUGCACCAAGCAGCUGUGCUGCGCCACCGUGGGCCGCGCCUGGGGCCACCCCUGCGAGCGCUGCGGCAACCUCGACUGCCCGCACGGGCACAUCCGCAACCUCGCCACCAAGGAGUGCCAGGACAUAGACGAGUGCGCAGCAGUGCCGGGCCUGUGCACGGGCGGGCGCUGCGUCAAUUCGGUGGGCUCGUUCUCGUGCGAGUGCCCGGCCGGCCAGCGGCGGCACCCCGUCUCCAACAACUGCGAGGACAUCGACGAGUGCGAGGACCCCGACAUAUGUCCGAACGGCAAAUGUGUGAACACCGAGGGCGACUACUACUGUCUCUGUAACCCGCACUUCAUCCCAAGUCCAGAUAAGAAGUUUUGUAUCGACGGGCGCGUGCGCACGUGCUUCUCGUACCUGAGCGAGACGGGCGAGUGCGCGGACCCGCUGGCCAUGCCGCUGUCCAACCGCGACUGCUGCUGCGGCUACAACAUGGGCCGCGCCUGGGGCGACCUCUGCCAGCCCUGCCCGCCGCGCGGCUCCGUGGAAUGGACGCACCUGUGCGGCGGGGGCAUCAUCCCGCCGAUCUGGCGGCGGAACCAGACCGGCACCCACGGCGGCGAGGACGGCGACGGCGGCGAAUUGGUCGGCGGCGGCGGCGGCAACGGCGGCGGCGGGGCCGGCGCGCCGCCGCCGCUCGCCAAGAUCAACGAGUGCAUGCUCAGGAACGGCAUCUGCGGGCUCGGCGACUGCGUCGACAAAGAUGUCGGCUACCAGUGCGAGUGCUGGGACGGCGCGGAGGAGACGGAGAACGAGGGCAACCCGACGUGCAUCGACAUCGACGAGUGCGCGCUCGGCUACUGCCGCGGCGGCACCUGCGUCAACAAGCCCGGCGGCUUCGAGUGCAGGUGUGCACCGGGUUUCGACCCUGUCGAGAACGGUCUGCGGUGCAGCGACCAGAACGAGUGCGAGAUGACCAACGGCGGUAUGUGCACCAACGGCGUCUGCAGCAACGGCGAGGACGGAUACGAGUGCAUCUGCAACCCGGGCUACGAGUCGACGGAGACGGGGCACGCGUGCCGCGACGUGGACGAGUGCCGCGACAACCCGGGCGUGUGCCGGCGCGGCCGCUGCCGCAACACGGCCGGCGGCUACGACUGCCAGUGCGAGCCCGGCUUCGAGCUGAACCCGGGCGGCUACUGCGCCGACGUGGACGAGUGCGCGGACGAGGCGGCGUGCCGCGGCGGCCGCUGCGCCAACAGCGAGGGCUCGUUCCAGUGCGUGUGCGAGGCGGGCUUCCGGCCCACGGCCGCGCGCGGCGCCUGCGUCGACGUGGACGAGUGCGCCGAGCAGCGCGUGUGCCGCAACGGCCGCUGCCGCAACACGCCCGGCUCCUUCCGCUGCCGCUGCCUGCCCGGCUUCACGCUGGCCGCCGACGGCCGCUCCUGCCUCGACGAGGUUCAAGACUUGUGCUAUGAGAAAUACGAAGAAGACCAUUGUACUGGCCCAGGCACUACGCCGGUCACGCGGUCGCAGUGCUGCUGCAGUUCAAGCAAAGGUUUACGUCUAGGCUGGGGUGUGUCUUGCAAAGCAUGUCCGGAGCAAGGCAGCGAGGAGUACGACGUCCUGUGCCCGUCCGGGCCCAGCAAAGACAACAGCGGCUCGGACAUCAACGAGUGUACCAUGGUGCCGGGCAUCUGUCCGCACGGCACCUGCGAGAACCUCGAGCCCGGCUACAAGUGCAUCUGCGACACUGGUUUCCAUCCUGACGACGAUGGUAUAUGCAGGGAUAUCGACGAGUGUGAUAUGCAUCAGUCGUACUGCACUGGGGGGCAGUGUCGCAAUACAAUGGGCAGCUUCACAUGCGUUUGCCCGGCGGGCACUCGCUUCGAGCCCGACGAACAGAUCUGCCGAGACAUAGACGAAUGCGAGGGUGAGGUUAUUUUCAUCGUCAGAGAUUAUGAUGACCGCGGGGACAUACCGCCCAUGUACCCGGCCAUACCAGAGCAAACGAACCCGUGCGACAACGGACGCUGUAUCAACACGCACGGCAGCUACGAGUGCGAAUGCGAACACGGGUUCGUGCUCGACUCCAGCGGGCAACACUGUCUUGACAACCGGCGCGGGUCGUGCUGGCAGCACGUGGUGGACGGGCGCUGCGAGGCGGCGGCGCCGCUGCCGCUGCUGCGCCAGGAGUGCUGCUGCAGCGUCGGCGUGGCCUGGGGCUCGCCCUGCGAGCCCUGCGACCCCGACCACUGCCCCUGCGAGAAGGGAUUCGCUAAGAUCGACGGCACGACGUGCCGCGACGUGGACGAGUGCAAGCUGGACCCCGAGCUGUGCGUGGGCGGGCAGUGCGUGAACACGGACGGCUCCUACCACUGCCGCUGCCCGCCCGGCCUCACGCUCGACUCCACCGGCAACAAGUGCAUGGACACGCGGCGCGAGUACUGCUACACGGAGUACUCGGGCGGGCGCUGCUCGGGAGCGCUGCGCGAGGUGCACCGCGCCGUCUGCUGCUGCUCAGCGCUCGGCCGCGCCUGGGGCGACUCGCGCUGCGAACCCUGCCCCAAGAAAGGCACAGAUGCAUACCGCAACCUGUGUACAUCGGACGUGAUCGGUCCCGACAUGACGGGCGUGCGACCCUCACACGGCGGCAACAGAUCCAGCAUCGGGGAUUUCUUCGACUUCCCAUCGUAUGGCGGGGAACACAACUUGCCAGACUUCGACGGCGAAGGCCACCCGUUCAACGAUAGCACCAUUUGGGGUCCCGGGGAUCAUCACUUUGAUCCUGGCCAUAUGGAGGUCAACGAGUGCUCCGCCUUCCCCGGACUGUGCGGCCACGGACGUUGCAGGAAUUUGAUGGGCUCUUUUACUUGCGAUUGCUACCGAGGAUAUGAGAAGGGCCCUAAGAACCAAACCUGUGUCGACGUGAACGAGUGCGAGAUUGUGAACGACGUGUGUGGGGCCGGCGACUGUAGAAACACAGAGGGCAGCUUCACGUGCCACUGCCACCCUGGUCACAGGUCCAGCGAACUCUCCAAGGUUUGCGUUGAUAUCGACGAGUGCGAAGAGACGCCAAGCCUGUGCCGUGGCGGGCGCUGUAUCAACACACCUGGCUCGUUCCGCUGCGAGUGCGGCGACGGCAUGGAACUAGCACCGGACCGGCUUUCCUGCAAGGACAUUGACGAAUGCUCCAUUACUUCUGGUAUCUGCAGUAACGGUGCGUGUGAGAACCUCAUGGGCACGUAUCAGUGUGUGUGCGAUGAGGGCUAUGCUCAGACCACUGUGAAGUCGCACUGCGAGGACAUCGACGAGUGUAGUGAGGACUCCACACGCUGCCAGCACGAGUGUGUCAACACGCCCGGCUCCUACUACUGUAAAUGCAGGGAGGGGUGGGCGCUGCGCGCGGACGGGCGCACGUGCCGCGACGUGGACGAGUGCGGCGCGGGCGCGCGGCCGUGCGGCGGCGGCGCGUGCCGCAACACGCCGGGCGCCUACCGCUGCGCGUGCGGCGACGGGCUGCUGCCCGCGCCCGACGCACCCGCCGCGCGCCCUACCUGCCGCGACGUCGACGAGUGCGCCGAGAUCCCCGAACUGUGCGGUGCUGGCGAAUGCCGUAAUACGAUCGGAAGCUUUGUGUGCCUGUGCCCGGACGGUUUCAGCGUGAAGCCCGAGGCGGGCCCGGCCUGUACCGACGACGACGAGUGCGAACUUGGCACCUGCGACUGCCAUCCGGCUGCUGAUUGCAUCAAUUUACCGGGCUCGUACCAGUGCCGCUGCCGCGAGGGCUGGCGCGGCGACGGCAGCGAGUGCGAGGACGUGGACGAGUGCCUCACCAACAACGGCGGCUGCCACCCGCGCGCCGCAUGCCGCAACACCGACGGCUCCUUCGUCUGCCUCUGCGACACCGGCUACAAGGGCGACGGGUACUCGUGCGUGGACAUCGACGAGUGCGCGAACGACCCGACGCUGUGCGAGAACGGGCACUGCACCAACACACCCGGCGGCUACGAGUGCGACUGCGACGUCGGCUUCACCAAGUCGCCAGACGGACGCUCCUGUCUCGAUAUGGACGAGUGUGCGACAUUCGACAAUGUGUGCGUGUUCGGCAAGUGUGUCAACACGUACGGCAUGUUCAAGUGCCUCUGCGACAAGGGCUACCAGUCCGACAGCAUCGACGAUCUGAUGCCCGGCUUCAACUGCACGGACGUGGACGAGUGCAAGUCGCCGCAGUCGUGCCAGUACGGCGACUGCGUCAACACGCAGGGCUCGUACAUCUGCCGCUGCCCGCCCAACUACGACCUCGUCUCCGACGGCACCGCUUGCUAUGAUUCAAGGAAAGCGCGUUGUUACUCCAAAGUGGAGCUGCGAUCUGGAACAGAACAUUGUCGAGAGAGCGACGAACUAUCUGAAGAUGGCACAAUGGCGGCGUGCUGCUGUUCUGUCGGUGCUGCAUGGGGUAAUUACUGCGAUUUGUGUCCCGAUCCGGGAUCAGAAGAGUACAGACAACUUUGUCCUGGUGGUCCCGGUUAUCAGCCCGUUCUCGAGCCGCCGUCGUAUGUGGUGACGCUGGCGGACAUCGACGAGUGCGCGGCGCACCCGGCGCUGUGCGCGCACGGCACGUGCACGAACACGUUCGGCUCGUUCGUGUGCACGUGCGGCGACGGCUGGCGCCUGGACGACGGCGAGCGCGCCUGCCGCGACAUAGACGAGUGCGCCGUGCCCGACGUCUGCGGACCCGGCAUCUGCCGCAACAUGCCCGGCUCCUACGUCUGCCUCUGUCCCGAGGGCUACGUGCCCAUGCCCAGCGGCAAGGAAUGUGUGGACGUGCGCCAACGACAGUGCUACCUCGACUGGGAUCCUGAUAAUGAACGAUGCUCCGUGGCCGUGGGAGUUCCGCAAACGAAGCACCUGUGUUGCUGCUCAGUGGGCAAGGCGUGGGGUGCGCCCUGCGAGGCCUGCCCCGAACAGUCCUCACCUGAGCACAUCGCCCUCUGCGGAGAGAAGCCCGGAUUGUAUCGCAACCCUGUCACUAACGAAACGAAGCCGAUCAACGAGUGUGAUAUCAUGCCCCAGCUGUGUAAGCCUGGUACAUGUCACGAUACAGCCACCGGAUUCCAGUGUGGAUGUGAUCAUGGAUACGAGCACGACAACACGUCGCACCUGUGCCGCGACAUCGACGAGUGCGCGGCGGGCGGCGCGCGCUGCCGCGGGCUGGCGCAGUGCGUGAACCUGCCCGGCGCGUACGAGUGCCGCUGCCCGCCCGGCUACCGCCUCACCGCCAGCCUCGACGCCUGCGACGACGUCGACGAGUGCGAGGACAACCACCUCUGCGAGCACGGCGACUGCAGGAAUACUGUCGGCUCUUACAGAUGCGAAUGUAAACCUGGAUACACACUGCGGGAUAAUGUGUGCCGCGACGUGGACGAGUGUUCGCGACCGCGGCCCAUGUGUCGCAACGGUACCUGCGAGAACUUGCCCGGCUCAUACACCUGUCACUGCGAUGAAGGUUUCAAGCCGGGAGCGAAUAACGACUGCGUGGACGUGAACGAGUGCCGCGAGGGCGGCAUGGUGUGCCGCAACGGGCGCUGCCGCAACACGGUGGGCUCGUUCCGCUGCGAGUGCGCGGCCGGGUACGCGCUGACGCCCGACCAGCGCAACUGCCGCGACGUGGACGAGUGCGACGAGCAGCCGCACCCCUGCGGCCGCGACGGCUCGCCCUCCUGCACCAACACCAACGGCGGAUAUGAAUGUUCCUGCGGCACUGGCUGGCGGCUGGUGGGCAGACGCUGCGUGGACCGUGACGAAUGCAAAGAACUCCCGUACGCAUGCGCCGGUGGAGAGUGUCGCAACUUUAAUGGAGGUUACGUAUGUGAUUGCCCGUCCGGCUGGCGGUUCGACAAGACGCUGGCGGUGUGUGUGGACGAGCGCAAAGAGCUGUGCUACGACGAGUGGGAGAGCGGCCGCUGCCACAAGGCGAGACCUCUCGAGCUGGCGCGUCCAGAGUGCUGCUGCUCUGAAGGUGCCGCGUGGGGCAGGUAUUGCGAGCGUUGCCCGUCGCCGGACUCCGCGGAGUUCCUGCGGAUCUGCCAGGGCGGAAUGGGUCGACCGAAUCUGACACAGGACCUGGACGAGUGCGCGGUGCGGCCGGACGUGUGCGGCGGCGGGCGCUGCGUGAACACGGACGGCUCGUUCCGCUGCGAGUGCCCGGCCGGCUACGCGCUGGACGCGGCCGGGCUGGCGUGCCGCGACGCCGACGAGUGCGCCGCCGACCCGCGCGUCUGCGGCAACGGCACCUGCGCCAACCGCCCCGGCGGCUACGACUGCACCUGCAGCGCCGGCUUCACCGAGGGGCCCGACCAUACGUGCGUGGACGUGGACGAGUGCGCGGAGGGCGCGGAGGGCGCGGCGUGCUCGUUCCGCUGCCACAACACGGCGGGGUCGUUCCGCUGCACGUGCCCGUACGGCUACCGCCUGGCCGCCGACGGGCUGCACUGCCGCGACAUCGACGAGUGCGCCGCCGACCGCCCGCCCUGCCCGCACGCCUGCGAGAACGUCGUCGGCUCCUACGUCUGCAAGUGCCCCGAAGGCUACAAACGAACGUCGGCACCUCACGAUGCCCCCGACGCGUGCGAGGACAUCGACGAGUGUGCGGAGGACAACCAGUACUGUUCGCCCGGCGUGUGCAUCAACACCGACGGCGGCUUCGAGUGCGACUGCGACGAGGGCUACGAGCGCAGCGACGACGGCAUGGCUUGUAUCGACCGGCGCACGGCGGUGUGCCACCGGUCGCUGGUGGGCGGGCGCUGCGUGCCGGAGCCGUGGCCGCGGAACGUCGCCUCCACGCCCGCGCUGCCCACGCACGUCACCAAGUGAGUAUGGCAGUGUGUGUG